GGAAUUUGCCGUGGUCCCGUUUCCAUAGCGACGCAUUACUUAUGGUGCACCUAGCCGCGCAUCCUGCCGUCGCAUCAUCGCAGUUCCUCUAUUUAUCUCUUGACAGCGACAGCUAAUUUGCUCCUCAUCAGUAGCUGCUGGAGACGGAGAAUUUAAAGGAUAAACAUCAUGAAUUCGGAGGCCAUAGAUUACUCGCUAAUGUGCAAUACUGUGGUCGAAAAUGGUUACAUCACGAAUCAACACUUCAGCGGCGAUGUGUCCGGUCAGGUGUAUUACGGCUCACCUGCGAACGGCAACUGUUCUCCGUACAUGCCUGACACUGGGCACCACGGGUACUCACAGGAGAGUCACCCGGCAUCGCUUGAUCCUUCCUACGCUAGCUUAGCUAACGGCUACGACUACGCUCAGACUAACGGCUCUCCCGGAUCGUGCACGUACAACGGUUACAACACCUAUCAUGUCACCCCGCAGCAGCAGCAGCAGGACGCACCCGUCUACACCGACCUAACCCACAGCCACUCCAACGACGCGGGCUAUCAUAACUCGUCGCUGAAUUACAGCGCAGAUUGCGGAGGUGUCAUAAACUACAGUAAUUCGUCGUACGUGGAGUCACAGCCACCUCACGGUGUUAUUCAGCAGCAGCAGCAGCAGCAGCAGCAGACUCAGAUCUCGGGAUACGUGCCGAGCGAUGGCCAGCAUCAUAGACUUGACGUUACGGUGACCGUCGAUCAGAACUCCAGCAGCUGUAGCCCCGUGUCGGCAGCAAACUCCACGCCAAACCAUCCUCAAUAUAAAUGGAUGCAAUUGAAACGAAACACGACCAAAGCAGUGAAACCCCCGGUGUCGCUAGAUUAUGGAUACAUGACGUCACAGCCGGUGAGCGGCGGCGGCGGCGGUGUAGGCGGCGGCGGCGGCGGAGUGAACAACAGUGGCAGGACGAAUUUCACAAAUCGGCAGCUGACGGAACUGGAAAAGGAAUUCCACUUUAACAAAUACCUGACGCGAGCGCGACGCAUAGAGAUCGCUGCGUCGCUCGGCCUCAACGAGACGCAAGUGAAAAUCUGGUUCCAGAAUCGACGCAUGAAGCAGAAGAAGCGCAUAAGGGAAGGUCUGGCACCGCCGCUAAUUCAGCAGACGACCGACGAAUCAAGCGGCUCGGAUAAGAGCAAGGACGCGAGCGACCCUCCCGUCGAUACGCCCGUGUCUCUCGCUCCAUCGUCCACAUCCUAAGUCCUUCACGUUACGAUCGUAAAUACGUGCAUACACGUUACAUGCUGUCUUUCUAUAUAUAUGACCCACGUCCGUCUUUGUUGGAUGUGUUGUCAACAUGAAGCUCACUGACGCUAGAUACACGGACAGCUUCAGUUUGGGCUCAUCGUCAUUACCAAUCUAAUUAGCUGUGCUGCAGCUUACGCCCGAUAUACGAAAUACCGAAUGCCUCCUGGAAUUGCGUUGCCGCUUGAAAGAUAAAUUUGAAAGUUAGAUUUUUGGAGAACGCCCGGGGACCUUUGUCAUUAUUGAAACAACGCAGACAUUAAAAAGUGCGAACUCUAAUGGGACAGACACAAGGCGGGGCUGUCUGUUCACUCAUGCGUAUAACCGUGUGGGUAUUAUUAAUUUGUCUCACUUUCCUCCCAAUAAUGUUUUAGCUAAGGGUUGUGCAAUCAGGGGUGGGGAAAAAAUGACGUUUUUUAAACUUUCGUUUAGGUUGUAGGCGUAGCAGAAUAGCAUGUGAGAGUUCGAUUGUGUUUUUAUAAGCGCGUAAUUUUGUGUUCCUUACAGCAGCUAUUACAUUCCAAUGAAGACAUUCCCCCCCCCCAGUCGUGAUAUGGCGUUACGUCAUGUUUUCCUAUAUACUUGUGUAUAUAUUCGUGGUCACCAUUUCAUUUGUAAUUCGGCAAUCAUGCAAUUAUAGUUUAAUGAUUUCUCUCGCGCUCUGAAGGCACUGCGAUGUUAUCGUUGAAACAUUGCUAUAUUUUAAUGGAAGUCAAUUUCAUGCUAGUUAGAUUUAGGGGCGCGGUUAUAGUGAGGUUAUAACGGGUUAUCACCAAUUCCAAUCGAAUUGUCGCGAAAUAUGCUCCUCGUUAGAGCAAAGUCAAUAACAUAAUACAGAGGCUAAACAUUAUUCAUAGGUAGAACAUUCGGGGUAUUCAUGUAGACUGAUAGUCCAUGUCUUACUAAAGGUAAGUGCACGAAACUGCUAUAAAAUAGCACAAUAUCUAAAUAAUGAUGUUAACUAACUGUGUCAAUUAAGAAUAUCAAUUAAAUUGAUAAACUAGAUCGAUCUGAGUGAGAGGUUACUGUACGAACUAUAGGUUACAUUACUUAUACGACACACACCGUAGUAGUUUAUGCGCACACUUUGAUUUACACAUUCCAACGGAGAGUUUCGAGGGUUCCAUGUUUAACUACGCGUACUUCUGUGUCUCGUUAUAAAAUUCUCUUCUAUGAGUCUCUCCCACCGUCCAGAAUCUCUCGGCAGAUUUCUUAAUAUAUGUACAUUUAACGUUAUUCUCGAAGGUAUACAUAGAUGAUAAUUUAAUGUGGCUGUAAAUAUUGCAUUACUGUACUCGUAAUAUGCAUAUUUUAAUAGUUAUCGCCGUUAGUUUAUAUAGCAUCAUAUAGAAUCACGACACAGCCUGCGUUAAUACGUGUGUAUUAAUACGUGGGUAAUAAUACGUGUGUGUUAAUA